AUGCUUUCUAAUAAAUUGGUAUCUGAACUUCAACAAUUAACUUUAGCGCAGUUACGUACAAUAGCAAUAAAAUGCGGCAUUUUAAAUAAUGGAAAAAAACUAGAAUUAGCCCAAAGGAUUCUUCAAGAAAUUUCUAAAACACGAUUAAUUAAUAAUGAUUUUACACCUCAUCGUAUUCUUAGUAUUGAUGUAGGAAUUCGUAAUUUAGCAUUCUCUUCAAUAAUUGCGCCUUCAGUCAUAAUUGAAGAUUUUAAUUUAAUUCAUCAUAAACCUUUUGUUGUUGAUGGAUGGGACAAACUAUCUAUUGAAUCAAAUAAAAUAGAUGAUAAAAUUGUUAAGAAACCCUAUAACCCUACAAAUUUUUCUUUUUUGGCAUACCAGUUAGCAAAAUCUUUAUUAAACAAAUUUAAACCACAGACUAUAUUGAUAGAACGUCAGAGAUAUAGAACUCAGAGUAAAAGCGUUGUACAAGAAUGGAUCAUAAAAAUAAAUAUCUUUGAAAAUAUGCUACAUUCUAUAUUUAGGUGCUUUAAAGAAGAGAUGAUAUGGAAUAAUCCAGAAGCAGAUAUUUUAAGUAUAGAUCCUGCCAAAAUCUCGUCAUUUUGGUUGAAAAAAAAUAUUUUAAUGAAAAAUUUCCCAAUUGAACAUAAUUUGUCAAUACUUAUUAAUUCCAAAAGCAAGGAACCAAACUAUCUAACAAAAACAUCUGCCUUGAGAUCUAAAAAAGAAAAAAUAGAAAUAGUUAAGUCAUGGCUAAAAGCAGAUUCUAUUUUUGAUUUUAAAAAUACCCAAAUUACUGCAAAAGAUUUUAUAUCUAGAAAAAAAGAUAAUGAUAAACUUAAAAUUGAUGAUCUUGCUGAUAGUCUUCUUCAGGGUAUUUCUUGGAUUAUAUGGGAGCAAAAUAAGUGGAUAUUAAAACAAAAAUUACAGCAUAAUAAAUCCUUGUAUGAUUUUUUUUAA